GUGGCGGGCGGCUCCCGCCUCAGCCUCGGCAGUGGCGUCGGCGACGGCGGAGUCGAAGCAACCGCGAGCGCUCGACUGAGUGUCAGCCUGCGGCGACGGCUCAAGAACUGGGAGUUAGGGACGCGCGCACCGGACCUUCCGCCGCGGCCACUGCCGCCGCCGCCGCCCAGAGCCGGAGGCGCCGGGGCCGGGGGAGCCGGGCGGCGGGAGAGCGAGCGGGCCGGGGGGAGGGUGGGGGAUGGCGCGGACCCCGGGGCCGGCUCCACUGUGUCCCGGAGGCGGCAAAGCACAACUUUCCUCCGCUUCUCCCCCCGGGGCAGGGCUCCUGCUGCCGCCCCCGACGCCACCGCCGCUGCUGCUGCUGCUUUUUCCGCUGCUGUUCUUCUCCUGGCUCUGUGGUGCCUUAGCUGGACCAAUUAUUGUGGAGCCACAUGUCACAGCAGUAUGGGGAAAGAAUGUUUCGUUGAAGUGUUUAAUUGAAGUAAAUGAAACUAUAACACAAAUUUCAUGGGAGAAGAUACAUGGCAAAAGUUCACAGACUGUUGCAGUUCAUCAUCCUCAACAUGGAUUCUCUGUUCAAGGAGAAUAUCAGGGAAGAGUCUUGUUUAAAAACUAUUCAAUUAAUGAUGCAACAAUUACUCUACAUAACAUAGGAUUCUCUGAUUCUGGAAAAUACAUAUGCAAAGCUGUUACAUUCCCCCUUGGAAAUGCUGAGUCCUCUACAACUGUAACUGUAUUAGUUGAACCCACUGUGAGCCUGAUAAAAGGGCCAGAUUCUUUAAUUGAUGGAGGAAAUGAAACAGUAGCAGCCAUUUGUAUCGCAGCCACUGGAAAACCAGUUGCACAUAUUGAUUGGGAAGGUGAUCUUGGCGAAAUGGAAUCCACUACAACUUCUUUUCCAAAUGAAACAGCAACAGUUGUCAGCCAAUACAAGCUUUUUCCUACCAGAUUUGCCAAAGGAAGGAGAAUUACUUGUGUUGUAAAACAUCCAGCCUUGGAAAAGGACAUCCGAUAUUCCUUCAUAUUAGAUAUACAGUAUGCUCCUGAGGUUUCAGUAACAGGCUAUGAUGGAAACUGGUUCGUAGGAAGAAAAGGUGUUAAUCUCAAAUGUAAUGCUGAUGCAAAUCCACCACCCUUCAAAUCCGUGUGGAGCAGGUUAGAUGGACAGUGGCCUGAUGGUUUAUUGGCUUCAGACAAUACUCUUCAUUUUGUUCAUCCACUGACUUUCAAUUAUUCUGGUGUUUAUGUCUGUAAAGUGACCAAUUCGCUUGGCCAAAGAAGUGAUCAAAAGGUCAUCUAUAUUUCAGAUGUUCCAUUUAAGCAGACCUCUUCUAUAGCCGUAGCUGGAGCUGUAAUUGGAGCUGUCCUUGCCCUCUUCAUCAUUGCUAUCUUUGUGACUGUGCUGUUGACUCCUCGAAAAAAGAGACCAUCCUACCUUGACAAAGUGAUCGACCUUCCACCCACACAUAAACCACCUCCUAUGUAUGAAGAACAGUCUCCCCCUUUGCCUCAGAAAGACCUUCUAUAUCAAACUGAACACUUGCCUCUGCAGACUCAGUUCAAAGAGAGAGAGACUGGAAGUGUCCAGCACCCUAAUGGACUGAAUAGCAGGAGAUUGGACUGUGAAGAUGAGAAUCCAGUGGGGGAGGACGGGACUCAGCAGAUGUACCCCUUGUAUGAUCAGAUGCGCUACCAAGACGGGAGCCCUGGCAGACACCAUCCAUAUAGCGACCUGGAGGGAGUCUACAUCAAUCCCCGAGAACAUUAUGUGUGAAGGUCCUCUUUCUCCAGUGCUGUUUUAACAAAUGUUUAUUCUUAGAUUGGGGGGAGAGAAACUGAGGCCAAUAGUUAUGAUUUUAUUCUCUUUCAUAUAAAGCAAUCCCAGUCUAAGUGUAUCGGAAGUUGUGAUGAAUGACUUGGCGCCAAGAGCGAAACGAAUUUCUUUCUUUAAGAGUUUCUUAGCCACCAGCUGUGUUUGUGAACUUGACUCUAGCUUUGUGUGUUUCUGUGAUGAUGGCAUUUAACUACUAACACUUGGUCUACAAUGGCAUGUUCAUUUAAAAGUCGAGCAUCUGCCUGGGAUGACAGCAGUGAUUCUCCAGAAAGAAAGGCCCCAGCUGGGAAUAUUAACCUCACUGGGGCUCAGGCAGACCAGCCUGUUCAUUUGUAAUUCAAACAGGCAGAAAAAGGAGCUCAGAAUCCAUCUCACUAAUUAUGUCAUGGAAUUUGGGCUUUCCUGACUUGUUUAGUACAGUUAACAAUACCUGCUUACAAACAAGAGGCUAAGAGGCAUACUUUAUUGUUUAUCCCAAAAACAUAACAAAAGGCAGUUUAAACCUUCAGGUCUGUUGGUUGCUUUUAUACUCCUGUGAUAUUGUACUGUGUUUUCCUUCUUAUGGUCUCAGGAUCACCAAGGUCCUGAGGGAUGUAUAUUUCUUGCUAUCAUCGACCUAGUCUUGAUGAACUGUGUGCUUACCAAGGUUCUUCUCUUACUCGGUCAUUGUUCCCACAGUUCUGUUCUUUGCAGUCCAAAUUAGCCUAUUUCCCACCUGUUAAAAUCUAAAAGCCCUUUCUAAAUGGUGGACAGCCUUGAGCCUUUUCCCUCUUUUCUGUGGUAUUAUAUAUGACAGGCUCAGCUUUCACUACUGAAAUUUCUUUCAAACUAAUCCUGUCCACACAGGCUUCAGCUACCCUCUACAUUCUUCAGACUUCUUAUUGUCCAUGUUUUAUCUACCUCAGGGGAAAAAAAAAAAAAAAGCCUGAUGGAAAAAGCACCAUGAAAUAAUCCUUGCUUUUAAAAGCCAGGUCAAAAAUUUGAAAACCUAAAAAAAAACAAAACAAAAAAGCCGCAUUAAUAUGGCCUUUGUGCUAAACCCACAUGUGGUCCUUGAUCCUUCCUCCCCAUCUUUACCUGGUCAAUAAUAAGAGUAAAGAGAUGCUAAUAGCAGAUAUUACAGUGACUGGCUUACUAGUGUUUUCUGCAACAUCUUGGUGCCUGCCAGUGUCUGUCUGGAAUUUUCUCACUUCCCUUUGCCAACUUUUCCUCAGUGAGCUUUGAAGGUAGCAAUUAUAAUGGGGUGAGCAGAGUGGGGAGCAUGGGUACAUGUGCAAGCGUCAGUCUCCCGUCCUCACAUUUUAGACAAGCAUUGCUUUACUGUGUGUUCUGGAAGCUUAUGGGUCUGUCACAGAUAUGAAAACACUGCAGACUUGUCAUAUAUUAGGAAAGAGUGACAUAAGCACUGAAAUAAAAUAGUACACAUUUCCAACCUAAGCUUCAAGGGAUAGGAGAAUAUUAACAUAGAUUUCUACUGGGAUACCAAAGAUAAGUUAUGAUUCACAUUCCUCUGACUCUAUUUCUUGCUUGUGUAUUUAUUUCCUUUUUUCAGUCGCCUUGCUUUAUCAGAAAAAUUAUCCAAGUUGUUCUACAGUAGUAAUACAAUGCCACCCUCCUUUACAUGGAUGACUGGCAAUUCUGUUAAAGAUUAUAGUUGUCAUUGCUGUUUACUUGCUAAGUCAUGUCCGACUCUUUGUGACCUCAUGGACUAGCCAGCCAGACUACUCUGUCCUUGGGAUUUCCCAGGCAAAAAUACUGGAGUGGGUUGCCAUUUCCUUCUCCAGGGGAUCUUCCUGACCCAGAGAUGGAACCUGCAUCUCUUGCACUGGCAGGCAGAUUCUUUACCACUGAGCCACCUGGGAAGCCCCAAAAGAUGAUAGUUACAUGGAAUCAAAGGGUAAAUACCAGGGACCAUCAUUGCUGUAUCACUGCACUACCUCAAAAUAAGUUCACUGCCCUUGCUAGCAAGCUGGCCCAGAAAGAAGGUACCUAACUUUAUUACUUGAAAUCCCAUCAGUGAGUUAAUGUAACUGAAGGUAUAGGGAUCCUUGCAAUGUCUUCCAGUAGAAAGUUGACUCUAGACAGAGCUCUCCUUGAUAAAGAAGUGGUUUAUACAUACUGGAUGUUACAGUGGAAGAUACUGAGGUGCAGUCACUCCUUUAGUGAGCUUUAAAAAUUGGGGAUGGUUUCUUGGGUCCUGGUGGGAAGCAAAUUGUUGGAUUAGUGUUACAAAAGAAGACCUUGGACCUCAAGGGGAAUUGAGAUGUCUUCAUUGGCACUAGGGAAAGAGAUUGGAAGCACUGAGCUUCAGAACCCUUUGACCUGUAUUUCUGCCUCCUACCAACAAGUAGCCACUAUUGCAAGUUUUUACAUUCUUGGUGUAGUUAUAGAAAAGAAAUCUCAGGAUGUAGACAGUUCUUGCAACAGCCAGCUAGUUCAAUAUCCUCUUUGCUUCUCUGUCAGCUAUGAUAUUUCUUUAACAAACUGGUAGAUUUUAUAGCUGUUGGCCCCUUACAUGGGUCACAGAAGCUGUAUAAUUGCUUAUCCCGGUGUCUUCCAUCUGUUCUCUCUAAAUACUGAGGGGAAUAGAAUGGAGCUUUAAAAGGGUUUGAUCAACAAGCUCCCUCAAGCAAAAAAUGCCAUCCAAAAUUAGCUUGUUGAUCUCUAAAUUUGGAGUCUAGACCACUUGAGGAUGGACAGUUAAAUUUGGAAGUCAGACUCUUCAAGGUCCGUGAGUGAGGCUUAAGGAUGUAAGCCACAGCUGAUACUAGAUACUCUUCCCAUAACUGGUUUAUUAAAACACACUGAACCAGAAAUAAAUCCCAGAGUGCUUAUCCACUUAUGCUUGCAGCUUUGCAUUUCAAGGGGGAGUGUGCAUGCUCCAUCUUAAACACACAGCCUUGAUUUUGUAGAUAGCCUAACCUCCAGGAGCAUGCAUCAUCGCCGCAAUAGCAGAUCACCAGAUUCUUUGCACACCACACUGAACUAGUGUCAGCAUGACUUAGGAUUGCUCUGACAUAAUGGGAUAAGAAUUUAGAUUAAUUCUUAAAAGGCAGUGGUUUGUUUUCUCUUCUAUGAGGGUUCCUCUAUCCUUGGCUUUCUUAUAUGUUCUAUUCAAUUUUAGAACAUGUAAGAAGGCCAAGGAUAGAGGAGCCUGGUGGGCUACAGUCCAUGGAGUCACAAAGAGUCAGACAUGACUGAGCAACUGAGAACACACACGUAAGAAAUAGUGUCAGAAUCUGCUAGUUAACUUUGAAGACUCUUACCUGUCCUUGGCUUCCCUGCAACAUUCACAUGUGUGUGUGGGGGGCGGGGUGGUCAGUUGAAAUGAACGUAGAAAUGUCAGGGCCUCUACCUGUGGUUUAGUUCUGUGCUUCUCUUGUUCCUGUGCUCAACUGGCAACACCCUUCAUCCUUGGGCAGUUUGCAGAAACUGUUGUUUGUAAGCCUGUUCAACUGUGGACUAUUCCUGGGUUCAUCUUAUGGCCCUUGAAAGGUAUUUGUGUUCCUUCCAUUAAAAUUGUUGUAAGCUGGACUUUGUCAGUUUGGUCACUUGCAAUUAUUAGGUGGUUUGGUGGGCUUCUGACUGAUAGCUCAGUUGGUAAAGAAUCCGCCUGCAAUGCGGGAGACCUGGGUUUGAUCCCUGGGUUGAGAAGAUGCCCUGGAGAAGGGAAAGGCUACCCACUCCAGUAUUCUGGCCUGGAGAAUUCCAUGGACUGUAUAGUCCAUGGGGUCGCAAAGACUCAGACACAACUGAGUGACUUUCACUUUCACUUUUGGUGGCUUCCAGUAGAUGAGGGCUGUAGGUCUCCUCCCCACAACCUUAGUAGGUGGUAUAUUACAUGGAAAUCAGGUUUUAAGCCAGAAUCUGCAUUAUUCAUGUACAUAAACAAGCAGGCACCAGAACAGACAUCCUAUAAUAGUCAACCUGUCAUGUAAGCCUGAAAAAGUUCCCACUCCAUUCUUUUAGAGAGACUAUCAAUAAUUUGUGUAAAAGGGCUAUUAGAAGUGAAUCCAGUAAUACUACAGCUGCUUCAAUGUCAGGCAGCUUGAAUAUGUUCAACUUCUAGACCCAGAGCAGGUUAGUAAUCUAGGAAUCCUAGAGCUAGUGGGCUUGCUAGCACUGUAUGCCCUGUUUGUGAAAGGAUGGAGUGCCCUGUAGUAUUUUUGCCAGUCCACAUGCCUUUAACACCAUUAAUUUGACCACUGAAAAUAAUCACCUAUUAACAAAGUCUCUGGUGCUGAACUCUUGUGGUAGUAGCCUCUGAAGUAAGCUUUUCGAAUGCUAACUAACAACCUUUGGAGGGUAUAUUCUCAACUAGGAAAUUUCAAAUGUUAACUAAACGCUUCUAGGGUGUACGGUAAGACCAUUUAACAAGCGCCAAAAUAAUUUAAAUUACAUUCAACAUAACAGAAUUUCUUAAGGAUUCGUUGUUACCACACUUUCACACUGGGAUGCACUAUAUUCACCGCUCUAAAGUCAACCACCUGCGGGCAUUUCUCCUUAGUGACAGCCUUUUCCUGCUUAGGAUGGGUGUGUGUGUGUGUGUGUGUGUGUGUGUGUGUGUGUCUGUAUGCGUGUAUGCAUCAGAGAGAGAGAAAGAGGGGAGAGAAGCCCACUUAAAUUCACAGUUGAAAAAAAUUUUGGAGUUCACACAUGCAAGAAAACCCUCACAUCUAUAAACAUCUAUUUCCGGCCCAUUUUAUUAUCUUGCUUUAGCAUUUUUUUAUAAUACUUUAGCAUUAUUUCUGCAAAAAGGUUAGAAGUAGGUUCAGAAGCCUUUUUGCCUUAAUUGCCAAAAUACAUAAAGUAGUUUAUGUCUAAUGUAUUUCCAUUUAUUAGGAAAGGUGUUGUCUAGUCAUGUUUGUUUGAUUGUGGAAAUUUGGAACUACAAGUAGACUAGAAUAAAGAGAAUGUCAGCAAUUCAGAUGACACUAAACAUCUUUUUAUCAAACAUUAUCAAUUGAGACUAUGAUG